CUAAAAACUAUGUUUAACACGAUAAGCAAAUUAAAUCAAGAAAAACAAAAAGAAUCCAUCACAAGAUGAAGUAAUGACUAUAUUUAAAUGACCUGUUGAUUUACUAUAUACACUUAAUUGCUUAAAAAUACAUGUAUAUUUCCACAAAAUAAUGGAUCUUUGUCCAUUUAUUUAUGGCAGUGAGGUAAGGUUACCGACAGAACUAAUUCAUGGUCUUAUAUUUGAUAGCAGUAAAUUAAUAAAGCAAUUAAGGCAUUUACUUCUUUUUAUAUUAUAAAAUAUUGUUGUAUGUUGAUGUGUUGUGAGAUUUUUCAAUUGUAAAAUAUGUGCCUUGACUCAAAAAGGUUUGAAUGUACUGUUCUGUAUUCUUCAGGUACAAUCAAGACAGAAAUAAUGGGUGCUAACCUACUGUAAUUAAAUGACUUUAUUGUUAUUAAGGCUCUUCCCCACACCAAAACUUGAGAGUGUGACUGGACAGAAAGGCAGCAUGUUUGCAUACAACCGCUAGAAAGAGCGAUAGCAAUAGUUUGCUCGGCUACUUAACCUUCGGUUGCCUGCUUGCGACCCAUAUCGUAUUAAAAUCAGAUCGAUCCACUGUCACCCCCGUGGUAACGAGUCACAUUUGAGUUGACAAGUGUGGAAAGUGUUGUGAAAAUGUGUGCAAGAAGGACUGGAGAGUAUGAGGAAGAAGUUCGUGGACCAAAAAAGGAGGAGGAGCCACAACGUCAACUACUGGACGCAGUGUUCAAUCUGCAGCCUCGGAUUGUCCUACGCAGAGCAGAUGUCAGUGAAAAUAUUCAUCCAGAGCUGCAGCAGUCAGUGUCUGGUCACAUCAAAGAGGAAGAAGAGGGUGAAGAGGUACAAUGCAUCAAAGAGGAGGAGGAUGUGUUCCGACACAUGAAAGAGGAAGAGCAGGAAGAAAUCAUCCACGUUCCAUCAACUGGUGUCCAUUUGAAGAGUAAAUAUGAAGGUCAAAGUGAGGAGAGACAAGGGGCAGAGCUUCCAAGUAGGAACAGCUCAUGUGAUGGAGACUUUUGUGAAAGAUCACAAACAGACGGUCAUGAUGAUGAACAGUCGGAAGGUGAUUUGACAUGUCACAGUGCCAACCAAAGCUGGAAAUGUUCUCAGUAUAGCAAAGCUUUUGCUACUAUGAGGAAUUUGAAACGACACGUGAAACUACACACAGACAUCAGUGAAAAUCUUCAUCCAGGCCGGGAGCAGUCAGUGUCUUGUCACAUCAAAGAGGAAGGAGAAGAUGAAGAGGUUCAGCGUAUUGAAGAGGAGGAGGAGGAGGAGGUUGUACACAUGAAAGAGGAAGAGCAGGAGGAAAUCAUCCAGGUUCCAGUCACUGGUGUUCAUUUGAAGAGUGAAGAUGAAGGUCAAACUGAGGAGAGGGAGAGGCGAGGGGCGGAGCCUCCAAGCAGGAACAGCUCAAGUGAUCGAGAACUUUGUGAAAGAUCACAAACAGACCGUCAUGAUGAUGAUGAUGAACAACCGGAAGGUGAUAUGACAUGUCACACUUCCAACAAAUGCUGGAAAUGUUCUCACUGUAGGAAAGUUUUUACUUCCAUGAGAAAUUUCAACCAACAUAUGAAAAUACACACAGGAGAGAAGCCUUUUGCAUGCUCGGUUUGUGGUCAAAGAUUCACUCAGAAAGGACACUUAAAUAUACACACCAGAACCCACACUGGUGAGAAAGCUUUUUCUUGCUCAGUUUGUGGUGAAAGAUUCACUCAGAAAGGAGCUUUGAAAGGACACACCAGAACCCACACUGGUGAGAAAGCUUUUUCUUGCUCAGUUUGUGGUAAAAGAUUCACUCAGAAAGGAGCUUUGAAAGGACACACAAGAAUACACACUGGUGAGAAACCUUUUUCCUGCUCAGAUUGUGGUCAAAGAUUCACUCAGAAAGGAGCUUUGAAAGAACACACAAGAAUACACACUGGUGAGAAACCUUUUUUCUGCUUAGUUUGUGGUCAAAGAUUCACUCGGAAAGGAGGUUUGAAAGAACACACAAGAAUACACACUGGUGAGAAGCCAUUUUUCUGCUCAGUUUGUGGUCAAAGAUUCAUUCGGAAGGGAGAUAUGAAAAUACACACAAGAAUACACACUGGUGAGAAGCCUUUUUUCUGCUUAGUUUGUGGUCAAAGAUUCACUCGGAAAGGACAUUUAAAAAUACACACAAGAAUACACACUGCUGAGAAACCUUUCUCCUGCUCAGUUUGUGGUCAAAGAUUCACUCGGAAGGUAGAUAUAAAAAUACACACAAGAAUGCACACUGAUGAGAAACCCUUUUCCUGCUCAGUAUGUGGUCAAAGAUUCUCUAAGAGGGAUCACUUAAAAAGACACACAAGAAUACACCCUAGUGAGAAACCUUUUUCCUGCUUAGUUUGUGGUCAGAGAUUCGCUCAGAAGGGACAUUUAAAAAGACACACAAGAACGCACACUGGUGAGAAACUUUUUUCCUGCUCAGUUUGUGGUCAAAGAUUCACUCGGAAGGGAGCUUUAAAAAUACACACAAGAACGCACACUGGUGAGAAGCCUUUUUCCUGCGCAGUUUGUGGUCAAAGAUUCUCUCGGAAGGGACUCUUAAAAUCACACAAAAGAACCCAUACUGGUGAGAAACCUUUUUCCUGCUUAGUUUGUGAUCAAAGAUUUACUCAGAAGUGUCAUUUAAAAAGACACACAAGAACACACACUGGUGAGAAAUGUUUUUCCUGCUCAAUUUGUGGUCAAACAUUCUCUCAGAAGGAAAACUUAAAAAGACACACAAGAACACACUGCUGAGUAAUGUUUUUCCUGCUUAGUUUGUGGUCAAAGAUUUUCUUAUAAAUAUCAGGCUGAGACACACAAGUGUGCUGUUGAGAAUAGCAGUGACCAAGAAGGUUUUAAGGAAUGUAUGAAGAUUUCAAAAAAGUAGUUACUAUGUUACCGACUUGGGUAAAAUAACAUUCUUCUGUGUACAAGCUUCUGAAAAGUUUUAAUUUUGAAGGUGAGCGGAUUACACUUGACAGUGACACAAUGUAAAAUACUACUAAUUAUUAACACUUUAUAUGAGAGUGCGUACAUUUUCCCAUAUCUGUUAUGCCAGUAGUUUUUAAUUUUCAAUUGUAAAAUGAACCCGUUUGUGAAAUACGAACCAUGAAGACCCUUACUUCCUUUGAGCAAUGGAUGCAUUUUGUCAGUGUUUGUGAUGUUUGCGUCAAAGAAUUCAUUGAUUGAACUCAGACUGUCAGGAAACUUGGACUUUGAGCUGAAAUUGUUGUGCAUUUGUGAUUUUGAAUGAAAUGCACCCCCGAAAACUUGGUUGACUUUGUGUAUCAAAUCUAUUUCCCCCAUUGAAAAGUUAUUGAAAUGUCUUUUAUCAAUUGGAUAACCUCCGAAAAGAAAUGCUCACACCUUCAUGCAAAACAUGGCCCAAGCAACAAGGCUGAUGUGGAAAAACUGCAAAGCUGGUUACUGUGAAGGAUCACAAACAGUGUCAAUUGAAGAGAAAAAAGACAAAGUCCAGGGGUCAAAUGACAUUUCACACUAACUAACAAUGGAAAUGUUCUCAGUCCAGGAAAACGUUUGCUUGUUAAAGCAAAUACCACAUGAGAAGACACACGGGAGGGAAAACUUUUGCUUCCUCAGUUUUUGGCCAAAGAUUCCCUUAUUAAUAUUAGGCGUCACAGUGAUGAGCUGUCAAGCGUUGACAGUUCGAA